AUGGCAUCAGUUUAUAAGUCUCUUUCGAAAAGGAAAAAGAGGGAUACUCCCAGAGAUAAUGCGGAGGACGAGGAUGUUGAUAUGGACGUGAUGGAAGAUUUCGAGGACGAUAGCAGCGAAGAGGAGGAAGAUGAGGAAAUAUCAGAAGACGAGUCGGAAGCUGGUUCAGAUGAUGGCGAUGAAGAAGAUGGCGGCAUAAAAACUACGACCAAGAAGAGCUCACAAUCGCAAAAGAACUCGACUUUUAUGCCAAAAACUAGAGUUCUCGUGCUGACUUCAAGAGGUGUUUCGUACAGACACCGUCAUCUAGUCACUGACCUCACUGCCCUUCUUCCACAUACGUAUAAAGAAAGCAAACUCGACACCAAAAAGUCACAAGGUUACAACUUCCUGCUGAACUCAUUGGCCGACCUCCAUUCUUGCAAUGUCGUUUUCUUCCUUGAGGCGCGCAAGCAGGGUCAAGACCUAUAUCUAUGGCUUUCAAAGCCUCCCAAUGGCCCCACGCUCAAAUUCAGCGUUACCAAUCUACAUACAAUGGGCGAGUUAGGUACUGGGUUCGCAGGAAACUGCCUCAAGGGAGGACGAGGCAUCGUUGUUUUUGACCCUUCCUUCGAUGACAAUGUUGUGCUACAAAAGGGCAACGAGUGGAGGGGACUUGUCAGAGAAAUGCUACGGAGCGUGUUCACCGUGCCCAAACGAGGCGUUAGAGGAAUGAAGCCCUUCGUUGACCGGGUGAUUGGUAUCUUCGCCGUGGAUGGAAAAAUCUGGAUCCGUGUCUACGAAAUUAGAGAGACAGAUGUUGCUACAGCUACCAAGAAGGCGGAAGAGGAACUUCAAAAAGCAGCGGCUGGCGAGAAGAAGAAAUCAAAGGGUGCUGCCACCGGCGGCAAGGGCGGUCCUGAAAUCUCGCUGGUCGAAAUUGGACCGCGGUUUGUCCUUACGCCAAUUGUGAUACUAGAGGGAAGCUUUGGUGGUCCUGUUAUCUAUGAGAACCGUGAAUAUGUGAGCCCUAACCAGGUUAGGCGCGAAAUACGGAUGAAGAAGGCCUCUCGAUAUAAUUCCAGGAGAACGGGACAGAUCGAUAGGAACGUCAAGAAGACGGAGCUGGGAAUAAAUACUGAAAGCUCGAAGGACAAGAAGGUCGACGAGCUUGAUUCGAGAGUCUUGUUCGCAUAG